GUUCCCCCUGCGGCGGCGGCCCCGGGCAGACGUUGCGAGCUGCAACACCAUGCGGCGGGGCUAGAGCCGGAGGCUCCCACCGCGAGCAAGGAUGUUAGCUGAGACCAGUCUUUCCAUAUGGGGAUGGGGAAGCCUUGGCGUCGUGCUUUUUCUAAUAACAUUUGGACCAUUCGCUAUAUUUUACUUUGCAUUUUAUAUUCUCUGCUUCGUGGGUGGGGGCUUUGUGGUAACACUCUUGUUUGGGAAAAACAACUCAGAGACGUACCUUGAACGGUGUGAACACUCCUAUCUUCCUCCAACAUCGUUUGGUAUUACUAAGUGCAUAGAAGAAAUGAAACAGGAAAGCAAGCCUAUUAAGAUUGAUAGGAGGUUGACUGGCGCCUAUAUAAUUGAUGAACCUUUGCAACAAGUUAUCCAGUUUUCCUUGCGUGACUAUGUCCAGUAUUGGUAUUACACACUAAGUGACGAUGAAUCUUUUCUUCUUGAAAUCAGGCAAGCUCUCCAAAAUGCACUAAUUCAGUUUUCUUCUAGGUCAAAAGAAGUAGAUUGGCAGCCUUAUUUUACCACUCGGCUCGUAGAUGACUUUACCACUCAUCUAAGAGUAUUCAGAAAAGCUCAGCAAAGGAUAACAGAGAAAGAGGAUCAGAUUAAGGAUGGGGCAGAAGACCUUGUAAAUACAUUUUUUGAAGUUGAAGUUGAAACGGAAAAGAGAGUCUGUCGUGAUCUCGUCUGCACAUCUCCCAAAGAUGAAGAAGGAUUCCUAAGGGAUCUGUGUGAAGUUUUACUGUAUUUAUUGCUACCUCCUGGAGACUUCCAGAACAAGAUCAUGAGAUAUUUUGUCAGGGAAAUCCUUGCUCGAGGAAUUCUUCUUCCAUUAAUAAAUCAGCUCAGUGAUCCUGAUUAUAUUAAUCAGUAUUUCAUAUGGAUGAUUCGUGAUUCAAUUUGCAACUAUGAGGCCUUUAUGAACAUUAUUAAAGUAAGUGACAAAGUAGGGGAGUUGGAAGCAGUAAGGGAUAAAGCAGCAGAAGAACUACAGUAUCUUCGAUCUUUAGAUACAGCUGGAGAUGAUAUCAACACUAUAAAAAAUCAGAUAAAUAGCUUAUUGUUUGUGAAGAAAGUAUGUGAUUCAAGAAUACUGAGGCUGCAGUCAGGAAAAGAAAUAGAUACUGUGAAACUGGCUGCAAACUUCGGAAAACUUUGCACAGUCCCUCUGGACACCAUUCUUAUUAACAAUGUUGCACUACAAUUUUUUAUGGAUUACAUGCAGCAGAUGGGCGGCCAAGCACAUCUCUUUUUCUGGAUGACCGUAGAAGGAUACAGGGUUACAGCACAGCAGCAGCUGGAAGUGCUAUUGAGUCUUCAGAAAGAUGGAAGGCAUCAGACUACAGAAACCAAAGGCCUAUUAAAGUCAGCUGCAGUUGGAAUUUAUGAUCAAUAUUUGUCAGAGAAGGCAUCACCAAGAGUCAAUAUUGAUGAUACCUUGGUUGCAAAACUGGCAGAGAAACUGAAUAAUGAGGAUCCAACUCCCGAAAUAUUUGAUGAGAUUCAGAGAAAGGUAUAUGAUAUGAUGCUCCGGGACGAACGCUUCUAUCCUUCAUUCAGACUGCAUGUCCUCUACGUCCGAAUGCUUGCUGAGCUAGAUAUGCUAAAGGACCCUAGCUUCAGAGGAUCAGAUGAUGGUGAAGGGGAAUCAUUCAAUGGUUCUCCUACUGGCAGCAUUAAUUUGUCAUUGGAUGAUCUUUCAAAUGUGCCUGUCGAUGAGUCAAUACAAUUACAUGCAUAUAUUUCAGAUACCGUUUAUGCUGAUUAUGACCCAUAUACUGUGGCAGGAGUUUGCAAUGACCACGGCAAGACAUACGCGCUAUAUGCUAUCAGUGUUCGUCGUCGAACCCCAAAUGGUGACGAAGUAUGGAAAACAUAUCGUCGCUACAGUGACUUCCACGACUUCCACAUGAGGAUUACUGAGCAGUUUGAAAAUCUAGGAAGUAUGUUAAAGCUUCCUGGUAAAAAAACAUUCAACAACAUGGACAGAGACUUCUUAGAAAAAAGGAAGAAUGAUUUAAAUGCAUAUUUGCAGCUUUUGUUAACUCCUGAAGUGAUGAAAUGUUAUCCAGCUUUAAUACACUGUGUGUAUGACUUCUUGGAAAACAAGGCAUACAGUAAAGGAAAGGGAGAGAUUGCUCGGAAGAUGGACACAUUUGUAAACCCACUGCGUAACUCUAUGAGAAAUGUUUCAAAUGCUGUCAAGUCCUUCCCUGACAGCUUCGCAGAGGGGAUGACUAAAAUGUCAGACAACAUGGGCAAAAUGUCAGAAAGAUUGGGACAAGACAUAAAGCAAUCAUUUUUCAAGGAUCCUCCUUUAAUGCAGAAGACAUAUGUUGAUCCUAAGCACUGCCGUGUUGCAGCACAAGUUGAAGACAAUGUGGAGGACAAUGUUCCUCUUAAAAUAAUGCUGCUACUCAUGGAUGAAAUCUUUGAUCUAAAGGAGAGAAAUCAAUGGCUACGACGAAAUAUCAAAAACUUGCUUCAGCAGCUUAUUAGAGCAAUGCAUGGAUAUACAAUAAAUAAAAAAAUAGUAGAUCAUGUUGAUUGGAUGACAUCUCCUGAACAAGUAGCAGAUGCAGUUAAACGUUUCAGAGAUGCCUUUUGGCCCAAUGGCAUUUUAGCUGAGACUGUUCCCCGCAGAGACAAUGCCAUUAGAAUGCGAACGAGAAUUGCUGGAAAAACAAAAUUACUGGGGAUGAUGCCAGAUGAAUUGAAGCAUAUCCUAGGUGCUGAGACAACAAGGAAAGGCAUUCUCAGAGUCUUUGAAAUGUUUCAGCAUACUCAGCUGAAUAAGAGGAUGGUAUACGUCUUUCUGGAGGGCUUCUUGGAAACUUUAUUUCCAGCAAAUGAAUUCCCUGAACUCUUCAAAAAACUGCAUUCACCCUCAACGCAGAUGCAGCGAUAUAAGCAGAGACUGCAAUCUACACAAGCGCCUUCUUUACAGAAAAGGUGACACUCCAGAUUUUUAUGUUGGUGUCCAUUUGCCCAGGACUUGGGCAGGUUCUCUGGGGCUUAAAACUCUCAUGCUGUUAUUUCUGCACCGGUCUUUUAGUGUCACAUAUUAGAUUAUUAAUGCAUCCAUAAGAGAUAAUCGUUCCUCUCAUCCUCCUUCUCUUAUGCAACCACUACCAUGAACUGGGUUCAUGUGUCUAAAUGAUUUGGUGCAUCUUCAUGCAACAUUGAGAAGAAUAUUAGCCCGCUCUGUAAGAAUGUCUGUUCCUUCCACUCUUGACGGAAUCUAUGAUUGCCAGCAAUGAAAAGUGCUAGACUGUGUCAGUUGAGUGAUAAGUAAAGCACAACUGUGGUGAUAGCAAUGGAGGACUUGGCUGCUUUGCUCGGAACUGGGAGAUUGUGCAAUGUGAAAAUCAGGUGCAAUUUGAUUUGCAUUAUGACUGUUGAGGCCUUGUGGGUCUCGCUGAGCGGCUCUGAAGUGGUUGAGCUAGCAUGAAAGAAGUCUUUUGAACAGAUGGUUCUGAGAAAUUUUAUGAUUUUCCCAAACUACAUUUGCUAACUAAAGGUUGAAGUAAUAUGUGCGAAAGCCGUGUUAGCUUCACUUUCCAGAAUGAUAAUAAUAAAUAACUAAGUAAAUUAUAUUCGUUGGUUUUAUUACUUAGUCAGGAUGGGUACACAUAAAGAAAAACAUCUUGGUUUGAAUUAGCCUGCUUAGUGGUCUUGUUUUGCUCUUCAAUAACAGUUCUUGUAUUCUGCAUAUAAUUUUUAAAGAAGAAAGGCUCAUAAUAGCACUUAGUGAAGGGAAGGACAGAUGUUUAAAAAAGGGGAUUAUCACAUUUAUUUAUUUAUUAGGAGUUUUUGGGGCUAGGAAACAGAAGCAAAUUAAAAUACAACGUUCUCAACAUUAAGAAAUUAUCAGAAUGGUUUUACUUUUUGCCAUUAAUUGUCACCCUUAGCUUUAUUUAAGUGUGUUCACCUUAAGAGGAAAAUUGCUGAAAUGACUUGGUUUCUUACUGACAUAAGUCUUCUGGACUUCAUUGAACAGUCAUAUGCAAACAAUUGCAAAUUCCUGAAUGCACCACAGUGUAUAUAUGAAAAUAAGAGACACAACAACAAUAUUUUUUUAAAUAACAAUCUUUUUUAUUUUUUGCAUAAUGUAAAAUUUUAAUAAAUAAACUUCUUCUACACAAAAAGCCCCCUGUCUAUCCUCUUUACUUCCAGACAUAAUGUCUAAUUGAGAAUGAAGUAAUAAUUUACUACUUUUGCUGAGCCUUAAUUUAUCUUGGAAUCUCCUUUUCUCGAAUCUCCUUGAUGAGCACCUCCCAUGAUCAAGGAAUUUCAAAGCAUUAGGUAUAAUCCCCUUAAUAUUUUACUAUAUAGUUUGUUUAAGAUCCCAAGAAAAUAUCCCAAAUAGUAGUCAUUUAAUGCUCUGAUACUAAACACAUUUGAUUUAACUCAACGGGGCUGACUUAAAAACAAUGUGUUUCAGGUUUGGGCGUAAAUGCAGUACCUAAAGAUCUUGCAAAACAGGUCCUCCCAUGUAGGGAAAAAAAUCAAGAGAAAAUGGCUUUAACCUCAAAAGAGAAAAAGAAAUAUUCAUUGGGAGGGUAUCCAAGAAAUACAUGUGUUUUUAAGGCAUGAACAAGGAAGUCUACAGCCCUUCCCCUACCCACUAUCCUCAUUUGGAUUACAUUCUUGGUGUGAAGCCUACUCAGUAAUGGCAAAGCUGUAAAAAAAAAAAAAAGAUAUUUACAUCUUCAAGACAGUAUGCAUGUCUUCAAGUGCAAUUGUUCUCCCCCAUCUCUACAGAUCCAUACUAUACGUGUGAUUCCCUUUUACCAGAAUCAGAACAGCUUAAGAUAACAUGUAUGAAGUAUUCUUUCUUUAGCCUCCUCAAUGCUUUUAAAUAUAGGUGGCAAUUGACAUGAAUCUCUCUCAUAUAUAUAUACACUUAAAAAUAUAUAUCUUAAGAUUUGUUCCUCAGUCUGUGGCCUAAUUCUCAUUGAGAUAUUAGAACUGUCUGGAUGCUCUUACUUUAAAUUGCAGGGGAGGAUUGCAUGAUUAAUUUAAAAAAAGAGCUCUGCAGGUAGAACAGAAACCCGUCACGUUGGGACGAAAUAAGCUUGCUGAUCUUUCCCUGUAAAGUUAGCUUUCAGUGUACAGGCAUCACCUGCAAUUUGAAGUUGAAUGAUCUACACAGGUAUACUGCUCAAUGGAAACUUAGGCCUAUGCCAGCUCUUAAUGACCUUUAUUCCUACCCGUUUGACUUCUAAAACAGUAGAAUGCUAUAAUCCACGUGAAACACUGGAUAAUAGGAGAAAAGGCAGGCCUAAAUACAGGUCAUAAUACAGCCUCAAUAUGUGACUCGAGUCUAAUUUUCAACACUUCAAAGUGGAAAUGAAUUACAAUCAAUAUAGUAUGUGGUAUCUCUUACCCCUGGGCCAUCUACAUUAGACUUCAGAAUUAUGUUCAAUUGUUAAAUUUUAAAAUUGAUUACAUAUCCAGAAAAUGUGUAAAUGAAACAAAGGUGUGUUGUUUCUUUGAAUGCAAUUAUUGCACAAAGGGUUUUUUCCAUCUAUAUUUAAUUUCAGAGCGUGCCUGUAGACAGGAGCAGUCAAUUUGUACACCUCUUCCUGAUUAGUUAUUAUGCAUUGUUCCCAUGUUGUCCAUUCACAUUAUCUCGACUGUAGCCCCUGUGUUAUUUAAAAGCGCCCCGGAAUUGAUUGUGUAAAUGCAGCAGAUACUUAGCCAGGUGUGACCUGGUCUGAGAAUGCUGUGACCAGCCUCUGAAAAUAAAUGUGCCAUUGUCCAGCAAAAUGCACUUAAUUUUAGCCUUAAUUGAGAGAGAAUGAAUAGUAAGGUGGAAUAUUUCAUAUGGUUCACCCUCAAGCUUCUGCCUCUGGUGUUUGCUAUGACUAAACAAUUAAUUUUAAAUGCUACCAGAAUGUGUAAUAAUUUUUAAAAGUAAAAUACGAAUUCCACCACCUCAGUUUUAAUUUAGUGCAAUAUUUUCCUGUAACGCAUGUGUAUUUGAAUAACUGUUUAAAAAAAGAGAGAAAGUUUUUAAGGUUUUGAGAUCAAAGGUAUACUGUCUUAACCAACAAUGUAUAUUCUGUUAUUGCUGCUGUGUUGGCUUAUCUAAGGACUUGUUUUAAAAGUCUGGUUUGUCACUCCUUGUAAAUCCCUACUUCUCUGUGCUCGAAUGAGCAUGGUUCUUACAUUGCAAGGAGCAAAAUCUAAAGAGCACAUCUGAAUAUAGCUGUUAAAUAAAUGACUUGUGCAUAUCAUUGUACAGUAUGUGUCAACUGUGUGCCUAAUGGUUCUUUCAAUAUCUCCCCCUUUUUCUUUAAUGAAGAAUGAAAACAAAUUUGGAAUGCCAUGGUCUCUCUUUCUGACGGCUAAGAACUCUAAGUUUUUAUUUGGAGUUUGCAUUAUGUUUGUCCAAUAGAGAAGUUCAGAAAAGUACACUAAUAAAAGUAUUAACAAGAAAACUUUGAA